AUGUCAGAAACUAAAACAGCUACUGCCAUACUUGAUACACAGACUCUGUCACAGAGAGUAAAACAGAAUUGUCAGACAUGUGACAAGGGGUUCUGGAGCGAUAACUGUACAAAAGCAUGCGAAGAGAAUUGUGGAAAUGAUGGAUGUGAUGCAGAAACUGGUGUCUGUGUAAGCUGUGACAACUACCACUGGGAUAGGUAUUGUAACAAAAAAUGUCCACCCAAUUGUAGGGAUGUAUGCAAUAGACUUACAGGUUUAUGUGCAGAAUGUAAGAAGCAUUUCUGGGGGGACCAGUGCAACAAUACAUGCAAUACAAAUUGUUACGUGAAGUAUCCUUGGAGUACGGCUGUAGCGUGUAGCAAAGAAUCAGGCUACUGUCGCUAUAGUUGCCUUGAUGGCUGGUACGGAGAUAAAUGCCACAUAGAAUGUCGGAACAACUGCAUAAAAUGUAGCAGAAAUGGAACAAUAUGUACUUCUUGUCAUGAUGGGUUUUGGGGUGACAUCUGUGACAAGAUAUGCUUGGCAAACUGUCAGGUGUGCAAACAGAAUACUGGUCACUGCAUUUCUUGUAGGCAUGAAUACUGGGGAGAAAAGUGUACAAAACAAUGCCAAGGAGACAACUGUGCAGUUUGUCACGCAGAAACAGGAAAUUGUCAAGCCUGUAUCUCUGGACUGUGGGGUGAAAAUUGUAACAAAAGUUGCGAUCAUUGUCUAUCAGAAAAAUGCUCGAUGACUGAUGGACGGUGUGAUAAAUGUCAGGAGGGCUAUGUCGGGAACAAUUGUUCGGUGAAGAGCCUCUUAACAAACUGCACGUCCUUGAGCUGUAAUUCCGAUAGAAUGACAUGUGGAAACUGUAACAAUGGGCACUGGGGCGAAUUUUGUGAAAAGAAGUGUGCAUCUUCAUGUCCAAAUACUUGCAACAAAAAUUCUGGAGAAGGCACGAAUUGUAUGUAUAGAACAUACGGUCAAUUAUGUGAGCAUACUUCUGCUUACUGUGUUGGAGACUGUGACGAAAGAAGCGGUGUUUGUUUUUCGUGUCGCAAUCAACAUUGGGGAUCUAAAUGUGAACAGAAAUGCUAUGAAACCUGUGAAAUAUGUCACCAGCAAACCGGUAGAUGCCUUGUUUGCAAAGUGUCCAAGUGGGGAGAUCAAUGUGAAGCCGACUGUCCGAGUAAAUGCGAGGACCAAUGCAAUAUAACAAACGGAAAAUGUAAAAGCUGCCUUUAUGGUUAUUGGGGAGAUGAGUGCCAAUUUCAAUGUGGACAGAAACACUGUGAAAACUGUAACACAAAUAACGGCAAUUGUAAAUCCUGUUUGGCAGGGAAAUGGGGAGAAAAUUGUGAUUUAACUUGCCCAACACACAGUCUGUAUGAAUGUGCCAGAAAUAAUGGUACAUGUUCAUCAUGCGAAGACGGAUAUUGGGGCACUUCUUGCGAUAUCAAAUGUAGACUGGACAACUGUUUGACUUGUAGUCAAAAUUCAGGACUUUGUACAACGUGUAAGGUUUUACUGUGAGGCGAAACAUGUGAUAAAACUUGCAGCCAGAAAUGUAAAGUUGAUUGCAAUAUUACAACUGGCGAAUGCAAGGAAUGCAUAUCCGGUUACUGGGGAAAGAUGUGUGAGAACGAAUGUCCAAAUGUAAAGUGCGAUAAAUGCUUGCAGCAAACUGGAUUUUGUUUGACAUGCCAAGCAGGAUAUUGGGGAGUACACUGCGAACGGCAGUGCAAUUCUAGCUCUUGCCUUGAGUGUAAUAAGGAGAAAGGAUACUGCACUUCCUGUAAAACUGGACGUUGGGGACUGACAUGUGAAAAGAAAUGCAAAACAGGAUGUCUAUGCUGUGAUGUGUACAGUGGAGAAUGUGAGAAAUGCCAAGUAGUUGUGAAUGGCACUGAUGCAGACACUGGCAUUUCGUUCAACUUCGACUCAGACAUUGGCGCGAUUUCCUUUGUUUUAGCAAUAGGGGUAUGCGGACUCGUGACGGUCACAAUCACAAUUGUUCUGGUGGUCAGAUUGAACCAAAGAAUUAAUCGAAUAACGCCACGAACUACCAAGCAACCGAAUUCAG